AAUCAGUCGGACGUCGUGCGCGUAAAAAACUUGUUGCUCGUCGUACCUGUUGGCGAUGGCGCACAAUGGCCCUCUUCGAGCUUUGCACCUGUCCGGCAGCCUAUAAAUGUCAGUUUCACAAUCCCCUAUGACCUACGGACGGCAGCGGCGAGAGACGAUAUCUUGAGCUCGAUAAACUAUGGCUCUCUCUCAAAAACCGUUACUACCUCUCUCGACGCCUAUGCCACCUCCGGAUUCUCCUCCUUGGAACGGUUACUCGACCAUAUAUUUGACACAUGCUUCCAAGCCUUCAAGGCGAUAGCCCAAAUGACUGUGCAUAUCAUAAAGCCCCGUGCACUUCCCUAUGCAAAGAACGUCAGCAUCACUUCGACACGUGUCCGAGACGGUUCACGCGUUGGCAUAGUGGACGUACUGUCACUCGAGCAGCUAUCCUGCAACCUUGUCGUGGGGCUCAAUGCUUGCGAGCGCGAGGACAAGCAGGUUGUGGAUUUUGACAUUGAUAUCGCUACUGAGUCUGUCGAGAAGGGAGACGUAUUUGACUGGCGUACUUUAUCAAAAAAUCUUCGGACGGAGGCAGAAAAAUCGGCCUUUAUCUCAGUUGAAUCUCUAGCUUCACUUGUGGCGGAAAGCGUCCUUCGACAUACUGACCGCGAAAGCGAUAUUGUGACGGUACGUGCAAUGAAGCCCCAGGCCCUUGUGUUUGCCGAGGCUGCGGAAGUAGAAAUUGUACGGACGAUGCGAGACUAUCAAACAAAUCGGGACCCUCUUGGUAUGACAUCAAACUUGACGGCUCAAGGACAAGAAUUGCAUACGGCUACGAUUGCUCUCGGUUCUAAUCUCGGUGACCGCUUCGCGAACAUUGAGCGAGCUCUCCAAAUCCUCGAUGUCGAUGAUGAUACAAUUCUCCUCCGCGAAGAUCAUGGCGAUCCGAAAGGGUCAGCCAUCGUCUCCGUGGUGAAUACCAGCUUUAUGUACGAGACAGCACCAAUGUAUGUCACCGACCAGCCGGAAUUCAUUAACUGCGCUUGCAUCGUCGAAACAAGUCUGCCACCACAUGAUCUUCUUCAUCUUUUGAAGACCAUAGAGAAUAUCGUUGGACGCGUGCCUACUAUUCGGAAUGGCCCUCGAGCGAUUGACCUGGAUAUAUUGACAUACGAUGACAUCAUGCACGAUUCGCGCCCUGAGAAUGAAAGAGGAUCGUUGGACAACAUGCAAGGCCAUCUUGUCAUCCCUCACCCUCGCAUGGCCGAACGGGAGUUCGUCCUUCGGCCCUUGAACGACAUGAUUCCGGAAAACAUUCAUCCAGUACACAAAAAGUCUAUUCGACGGUUACUCUCGGAACUUAUGUCGACACAAUCUAAUGACAUACCAACCAUGAACAAAGUCAUGGCCUUCCCAAUCCAUUCUCACACGUCCGCAUCGUCCGCAUCGUCCGCAUUACUUGGCAACGUACUUGCGACUUCCACUUACUGGAAAUUCCCUUCUCGUGACUCGCGGACCCAACACUCUGCAGUCCAUAAAACUCACAUCAUGGCAACUCUCAACAUGACGCCUGACUCCUUCUCGGACGGAUCCAUACACAACACGCUUCCUACCGCACUUGCGUAUGUGAAGUCAUCAGUCAAUGCAGGCGCAGACAUGAUUGACAUCGGAGGGUGCUCUACACGACCUGGUGCUGCAUAUGUCUCUGCUGAGGACGAAACCGCCCGAGUUGUCCCUAUCAUCGAGGCGAUCCGGGCUUCUCCUGACCCAGAAAUAAGCCGAGUACUAAUCAGCGUCGACACAUUCCGCCAUGAUGUUGCCCGCUCUGCUGUGCUUGCCGGCGCAAACUGCAUCAACGAUGUGUACGCCUUCACGGGUCCCGUUUAUCCCCUCAAUGAAGAUGCUGUCCGGCACCUUGUUGAGAUGCGGCGGAUCUCCCGUGAACUCGCGGUGCCCGUCGUACUCAUGCAUUCGCGAGGAGAUGCAAGCACCAACAAGGACUAUUCGGAUUACGAGAAUCCUGACGUCGUCGGCACUCGUGAUGACGCGGUCCUCAAGGGAGUAGCCCUCGAGCUGGGAGAAAAAGUAAACGCCAUCGUAUGCGGACGAGGCGGUGUUAGGCGAUGGCUAGUGAUGGUCGACCCCGGCGUUGGGUUCAGUAAGUCUGUUGAGGGCAACUUGGCCCUUCUGAGACAGGCGUCGGUCGUUACUGGCGAGGUGUUGCCUGGCAGAGUGGCGAAUCCGCUGCGCGGGUUCCCCCAACUCAUUGGUACAUCGCGGAAGUCCUUCUUAGCUGCUAUUCUGGCGAGUAAAGAUGAAGAGGGAACGUACACUGGACGGGAGGUGCCGCCUAUGGAGAGAGGGUGGGCGACAGCUGCUGCUAUCGCGUGCGCGGUCCAACAAGGUGCGGCGGUUGUGAGAGUUCACCAGGUCCGGGAGCUCGGAGAUGUGGUGAGGAUUUCUGAUGCGUUAUGGAGGUCAAAAACAAAGUAGUAGCGAAUAAAAACUUUGUUCU